UACCCGUUGCUCAUCUCCCUUUCUACCAAGAUUAAAUCUAUCGCCGCCUCUGAUCACUCAUCUUCGAGGCUAUACGACCAUGUCUGACCCUUCUUCCGACCCUCCGCAGCCUCCCAAUCCCUCUGGUCCGACCUCAAAUCCUGAGAAAUCCAGCGAACAAAGCUCGUCGUCCUCAGAGUCCGGGGAGUCAUCGAGUAAUGGGUUGAAUAGCAAUCUUGGGACGAACGGAGAGGAGGUCGCGGGUGGCGACGUACCUAUGGCUGAGGAAAAGCCCAAGGAAGAUCCAUUGGACGAUAUACCAGAGAGUGUGCUCGAGUCUGAUGCUCAGGAAAUAAGAUUACAAACCAGAAUGAUCGAUUCGGAAGUCAAGAUGUUGAGGCAGGAAAACCUGCGUCUGUCUCAUGAGAGAGAACAAAUGGUGGAGAAGAUCGCAGACAACACGAAGAAGAUCUCUCAGAACAAAGUCCUGCCUUACUUGGUAUCAAAGGUUGUCGAAAUUUUGGACGUCGACAGCGAAAUUCAAGAAGGAGCAACUCAUAACGAACAGAAUGCGAAGAAAUCGAAAUGUGCAGUCAUAAAAACCUCCACCCGUCAGACCGUGUUCCUGCCCAUCAUCGGUCUUGUAUCACAUGAAGAGCUGCGUCCGAGUGACUUGAUUGGAGUGAACAAGGAUUCUUAUCUGAUUCUCGACAAAUUACCAGCCGAAUACGAUGCCCGGGUGAAAGCGAUGGAAGUAGAUGAGCGGCCGACUGAGACGUACACCGACAUUGGAGGACUGGACAAGCAGAUUGAGGAGUUGGUCGAGGCGAUCGUCCUGCCAAUGCAGCAAGCCGAGAAAUUCAAGACUUUGGGGAUCACGCCCCCUAAAGGAUGUCUAAUGUAUGGGCCUCCUGGAACGGGAAAGACUUUGCUUGCCAGAGCGUGUGCCGCCCAGACAAACGCUUGUUAUCUCAAACUCGCGGGACCUUCACUCGUUCAGAUGUACAUCGGUGAUGGAGCCAAGCUGGUACGAGACGCUUUCGAGCUGGCGAAACAGAAAGCGCCGGCUAUCAUCUUCAUUGACGAAUUGGAUGCUAUUGGAACCAAGCGUUUCGAUAGCUCAAAAUCAGGAGAUCGUGAAGUGCAGAGAACAAUGUUGGAGCUCUUGAAUCAGCUGGACGGUUUCUCGAGCGAUGCCAGGAUCAAGGUCAUUGCCGCCACCAACCGAAUUGACAUCCUCGAUCCUGCACUCCUGCGUUCAGGUCGUUUGGACCGAAAGAUUGAGUUCCCAUUGCCCAACGAAUCUGCGCGAGAGAGAAUCCUGCAGAUUCACAGUCGAAAGAUGAACCAUCAGAAUGUCAACUUUGAGGAAUUGGCGAGAUCUACGGAGGACAUGAACGGGGCUCAGCUCAAGGCUGUGUGUGUCGAGGCAGGAAUGCUUGCACUGCGACAAAAUUUGACGCAGAUUGGCCACGAGCAAUUCCAAGGCGGUAUCUUGGAAGUUCAAGCGAGGAAAGCGAAGGAGCAUCAUUACUUUGCAUGAUCGCUCACUACCGAAUCUGAGAUACAUAACGCAUCGCGACGAGAGGAUUUGUGUCAUAUGCAUCAUGUAGAACCAUUGCGCAUCUGCCGAGCCACGGAGCAAGCAGAUAUUGUCGGAU